AGCCCCGCACACCCCAUGCUGGGCACUCAGCCCUGCGAGGCGAGGACCCCUCAGGCUCCCCCCAGGGGCACCUCGCCCCCUGCACCCCGAGAGCUCCGCGCUGCGGGCGGGCAGGGCCGGGCCGUGGCGGCCGGGGGCGGGCGGCGCAGCGGGGCCGCCCCGGAGCUCUUGGGCGGUGCUCCGCGGGCUGGGGCCGCCCUUCCCCGGAUCUCCCCGGCCUCGUACAGGGCCUGGCCGGGCAGGACGGAGCUGGGGAAGCCCAGCAGAGCGGGGCCAUGCUGCCUGCGGGCUGCGGGAGGCGGCUGGCGGCGGCGCUGGUGGAGGCGCUGGGCGGCGGAGCGGAGCGGCGGAGGGAGCUGGAGCAGCGGGCGGCCAGGAGCCGGGGCCUCCUGCGGCGAGAGCAGGCCUUCACCGAAGGAGCUGGAAGAGCUGGAGCUGCUGAACAGGGCCUUAGAGAAGGCACUGCGAGUCCGGAAAAGCAUCUCAAAAACUCCGGUGGAAGCCCAAGUAGCUCCUGCAGAGAAACCCGCAGGUGAAGGAUCUGCUUUCGAGAAUGCUCAAGAACAGCAAGUGCCUGUGUCUGGCAGAGAUGUGCCUGUAUCUGGCAGAGAUAUGCCUGUGAGCAGGGAGGCGAGGGCUGUAAGCAAAAAGCCUGCCUCUUUGAAGAAGCCCUCUCCAUACCAGCUAAGAGCACCUUACAGGACUGACCCAGAUGUAAAAAAAACACAACGGAGAGCCCCAGCCAGAUGUGUUUCUCAGGGUCCCAGGACAGCUGGGAAGAGCUCUUCAAAAGGGGCAGCUUCCAGACAAGGAAGGAGUCAUAGGCCAGCCAACAGUGCCAGUGACCAAGGGGUCUGUGCUGUGACUGAACUCCGAAACGCACCUGGGUCAUCCAAAUCUGCCCUCAAGGAACAGCAAAGCUCCAUAAGGUAUUCAGUUGGGGAAAGGAACUUGGUAGCUGCUGGCAGGCAGCUAAUUGAUGCAGGGAAGAAAAGCUGUGGUUCCCCUGGAGAGUCCAGCAGAAAGGAGAACCCAACAGCUGGAGGAGGGAGCACCUUACCUCAGACAGUCACCGUCCAGCAACAGGGAUGCCAGCUGAAGCUACCUCAUCCCUACAGGAAAGCCUACUCCAGGAACUGCAGGGCAUGGGAGAGAAGUCGUCUCUGCCAAACAAGUGCAGAUGCAGCAGCUGCAAGGAAGCGUUUUACAGAGAGGAUCCAGACUACUUUUGAGUUUUGUUCACCGAUGCCAGCACUCAGUCCUGCGGAGAUAGAGGAGGAGUUAAAGGUCCUCCAGGAUGUCCCGUCCCUUCUGAGACAGUAUGUGGAAGCUGAGCCUGCAGACCAUCCCACUCUGCAAAGAGAGUAUGAAAGCCUGCUAACCUUGGAGGGUUUGCAAAGCACAGUCUCCCAGUGCUUGCGUAAGCUGCAGCUUCUGCAAGCAGCUGUUGAGUCCCAGAAGAGGCUGCACCCAGACUGCACCGGGGAUGUAGGAAGCUGCUGUCCCGCCUGUGUUCCUGCCAGGGGUCGGUCAUGUGGUGGUGCAGGCACGCUGGCUGUGCCUCUCCUCUGGUACUCCAGCUUCCAGGAGCUGAGGGACCUGUUUGCCUUGAAGCUGCAAGUGUCGAUGCUGCACCAGGAAAUUGCCUUACAAAAGCUCACGAUGACAGAACUGCUGCCUGUCCUGGAGUCCGAGGCAUGCCCAGAGGCCUCUGCAGCUCAGCUGUAUCGGGCGAUUUACACCCAGCUCUGUGAAGGCGGCAAGCGAUUCCCUGUGCUGGUGAGAGAUGAGCUGGCAGACUGAUUGGAGUCUUCGUCGGAGGGGAUGAAGGUGACACUUGGCUGCUAUUUUCAGACCCACGCUUCCUGGUGGCUGUUGCUGCUUUAUUUAUUUAUUUCCUUUUGCUGAAUCAUAGACCUGGAGAAUACUUCUGAGGUCACCGGAACGCUUUCCUCAGGAGGCAAAUCCCAGAUUGUUUGUCCUGAUGUAUUUUGCUGCCUGCUUUCCGUGCCAUACGGUACCUUCAAAUGGAACGUGAGAGGCCACCUGCGCUUCCCUAAUGAAGCUUUCCUGCUGCGACAAGUUUCUUCCCCACUUCUUAUUUUAAAAUUAAUGGAGACCCUCGAAGCUUAACACUGCCUUUGCCAUCGCUGUUUCCCCAGCUGGGCACUGCAAGCACUGAGUGAGGGCUGCAUCCCCUGGCACCACCACUGCCCCCCACUCGACCCAGAUCAGUUGUUUGUUUUUUUUCCCAUUUCCUCCCCUGCAUGCUCGCUUUUUCCAAGUUUGCAGCCUCUUAGCGCUUAAGAACUGUCCUUGCGCAUUUAGGUAACUUUUGUCAGCUGAAGACAGGCAGUGAUAUUAAAGCUGCUGGAGCUGCAGCUCAGAGGAAGCCCCAGUCCGGGUCCCAGCUGUGAUUUGGGCCACCUGUGGCAAGGGGCAGUUGCAGCAAAGCCGUUAACGCGGCAUUCACCUGCUGGCACUGCACUGCGACUGUUUGCUGCAGUCAAAGUUUGUUUAUCCUCGUGCAAUAAAUAGUUUUUCACUAUUUCAUGUCACAGUCUUAAUUUAGGAUAUGGCUCAUGCAUUAACAGUGCCGUACCAGCCAAAUACAUGGCAGGAUUACUGAUUUCCUUACAGAGCCAUAGAAGAAAAUAAUAAUAAUAAUUAAAAAAAAAAAGCUUCUAAGUCUGCCUCAGUUCUUAUAAACUUCUGUGGCAGUUUUUGCAGUUCCUCUUGUGGUCUGGCAGUGUCUGGUUUUCACACACCUGAGUGUCGCUGCUUCAGAGCACGCUCCUCGGGCUGCGGUUUGAAGCAUUUCUCAAAGUCAGGCCCCGUGACGCUGAGCUUCGUGUCCCAAAAGUGAGAAACGGGGUGGGCACGUGCGAGCAUUCCUUGUGGCUAGAGCAAGGGUGUGUGUGGACGGUGCAGCAGAGGUUAUCUGUAAUUAUCUCUGCCCUCAGGUGGUGUGCGGUUCUUGUUUUCAGGCCUGUUACCUUCUAGAUUUUUAGAAAAAAGAAAUAAAGCAUAAUUCAUACA